AUGGCUGCUUCAUCUUCAUCCUCCUCUUUUAUCCCUCUCUUCCUGCUCCUCAUCCUCCUCUUCCUCACUCUCACCGUGGGGUCGCAACCGGCUCGACAAAGAGACAAAAAGCAGGUCUUACAGAAUCUGUUUGGUUCGCAUCUGUCUUCUCUCAUCCUGGCUGUUCCCAAAUCUGAUGACUUCACAGAGGGCUCAGGCCAAAAUCCCACCCACUCUCUCUUUUCCUCCUCCUCCUCCUCCUCCAGACCAUUGAUCAAGAACCAGGAGGUUGCAGGAGGAUUGGCUGUGGGACAGGAAGUGAUUCCACAGUUCUUCCUGGGUUUCCUCCACAGACACAGGAAGCUUAGGGGGCGGAACAGGAAGUCCAUGAUUGGUGGAAGAGGAUGCUUUGGGAUGAAGAUAGACCGUAUCGGCUCCAUCAGCGGGCUAGGGUGUUAGGGUGAGAGAGAGAGCGAGAGCGAGAGAGUUCGACCGACUACUACAGAACUAUUUCUAUGAAAUCUAAUGUGCUUGUGUUGAA